UGAUGAUGUCACUACGUUGCGACGCUCAAUCGAAUGACACGUACAGUUAGUAAACAAGGAUAGAUAGAAAGUUGUCGAAGGAAAUAAAAGACAAGGAAUAAAGCUAGCUGGAUUACUACUGUGCCAUAUCUGCCAAGAUCUCAGAAACCUGUCUCAAUAUGAACGUGUUUGACCGCAGCAUCAAAUUGGAUGUUCUCCUCAAGUUCUCCCAAAUUUCCCAAUCUACCCAGUUACACCUGAAGAAUGUCUACUCCAGUUUGGCAGUUUGCAUGUUCGUGGCUGCAGCAGGAUCCUACGUCCAUGUUGUCACACGGCUCUUUCAGGGUGGGUUGCUGACUCUUCUGGGUUCCCUGGGCAUGGUGGUUUGGUUGUCCAUGACACCACACAACCCAGAGACCGAGAAGAAGAGACUGGCUAUCCUUGCAGGGUUUGCUUUCUUCACAGGUGUUGGUCUUGGACCAGCAAUGGACUUUGUCAUCAUCAUUAACCCAAGCAUCAUUGUGACAGCCUUCCUUGGAACCUCAAUCAUCUUUGUCUGCUUCACUCUCAGUGCCCUGUAUGCCAAGCGCAGGAGCUUCCUCUUCCUCGGAGGUACUCUGAUGUCUGGCUUGUCUGUCUUGUUCCUGGUGUCUGUGGUGAACAUGUUCUUUGGAUCAGCGAUACUCUUCAAGGCUCACAUGUACCUGGGUCUGGUCAUUAUGUGUGGCUUUGUUCUGUUCGACACUCAGCUCAUCAUUGAGAAAGCAGAGAACGGAGACAAGGACUACAUCUGGCAUUGCGUGGACCUGUUCCUCGACUUUGUGACCAUUUUCAGAAAACUCAUGAUUCUCCUUGCCAUGAAUGAGAAGGACAAGAAGAAGGAAAAGAAGUAGAUUAAAUAAAUCCAGUUGAAGUUUCAAAUGAAAAACGAUCUGUGACAAGGAACAGAACCAGCAACAAAGCCUCUGUCUGCAGUGCUGUUGGUGCUUUCACUAUUUGUCGUUCUUGGUACUUUUUGUCCAUUGAUUUGAGCUUGCAAGAGGUUAUACGGUUGUAUUUUAGGCUACUGCUGCAGUGAGAAUGCUUGUCCUGUAGGGGGAGUGGUUGUUCUAUGAAGGUCUACAUAACAGAACUGGACUCUUUGUGCCAUAAAAAAAAUACAAAUAAAACAUUUUUUUCAGAAGGCC